CUUAUCGCUGUUUCACUUAAUACUAAUAAAGUUCAGUCAUCCGGCAAACGUGAAUCGGUUUGGAUUAAUUUGCACUGGAACUAUGUUGGGAGGCGCCUGUGCGGUUCUCACUGGGUUAUUGGUAUUGCCCAUUCUCUUAUCACCAAUCCAGGCGCAGCAGCAGCAGCUGAACUGUGGCAGACUAAGGCAGACGCAGCUGUACAACCAGAAGGAAAUUACCGAGCCGGAUGAGCACCCGUGGCUGGGACGUGUGGGCUACAGCUUCGUCAACAAGUCGGACACCGAGGAAUAUUCGUACCGCUGUCUCGCUGUACUCCUCAGCGAGAGGCACGCGAUUCUCCCGGCUCAUUGCAUACUGGUGGAUAAUACCAUGGAGGCCUCGAAUAUACUUUUUGGAGACUGGAAGUCCAACCGGGACACUCAACGGAGGGACUGCAUGGCGGGGGGCAGUUGUGCGCCUCCGCCGGAGUCCUACACUAUCCUGGAGCUGGCUGUUCAUCCGCAGUUCGAUGGGCUGCAUUACGACAACGACAUCGCCCUGGCCAAACUACAUCGAAACGUUCGUUUCGGGGAGUUUGUGCAGCCAAUCUGCCUGCCGCCGGACCACGAGAUCGAGGGCAACCACAUUGGCCAGCGCCUCGAGAUGGUGGCCUUCGCCCGCGAUCUGAGGCCGGAGGGUAAAUAUCGCUCGAAGCACCAGGUGCACACCCUCGGCUCGGAGUACUGCAAGACGCAUCCAGGUUUUGACCAGUUCCAAGCUACCUCGAACCGCAUCUGUGGUUUAGUCUCUAGCGAAGAUAUCCUCCUGUCUGGCGCUCCGCUUAUGGGCGUCAAUGUGGUCUAUGGAAAUCCGUCCAGCUACUAUCUGAUUGCGAUCAUCAAUGUGGGAUCCACACUAAAAACUGGCUUCUCCUUCCCCGGCAUGUUUAUGCGCAUCUAUCCGUACAGGGAGUGGAUCGUUAGAAAUAUGGACUAAGCCAUAAUCUGUCUCUCAGAUCUAAUCUCACAAUAAAACUGACUAGAGAACUCAGCUCAAGCCAAGUCAUAAUAGAAGCUUCUCCCCAUGAAUGUUAUCGAUUUAAUUGCAAGAAAUAUCCCGAAAUGGUGACCCCGAUCGCAUUGCCAGGUGCGCCUCAAGUCCUUUGUGACUGACAAUUAGUAAUAAAUCAGAGGCGAAAUUUAUUUACCCAA